AUGCUACACAAGGGAAUUAGCGUCGACAAGUACUUGAUUGGCCCCAGCUUCCGCGACCGACACCUUCAGUCAUUCGUCGAUCAUCUCAAUACGGAGAUGCCUCACGUCAAGGAUGCCUUCAUCGCCUGUGCGUCUCAUCUCACCGAAAACAAGAGCUUGCAACAAGUUGCUCAGGGCCAAAGCAUCGGCUACAGAAGAGCAGCCGCUGCAAUCGCGUCGCUCCGCAUCUCCAACAUCUAUACCGACAAUGACCUAUCUAUGAUCCUUAUCCUGGGAGUCGCUAUUGCGACGUUCACCCUGCACCAUUCGAGCUGCCUACCGAUAUGCAAAUACAUCCUAGGCCUGGUUAACUCAAUGUACGAAAAGGAUGAGUCCUUGAUUGAGCGACUGAGUUGCGAUGGUGCCGCAUUUCUCCUGUGCCUUCUCGGGACGGAGAUUGAGGAGUGUGUCAUCAACUGCCAGCUACCUACCAUCAGAAUCAGACCAGGCACGUUUAAUCAGCUGGUGGACCGCUUUACUGGUGUUUCUGCGCCUCUCUUCAUUCAUCUCUACGAUGUCUGUGACAUUGCGCAACAGUUCCAGCAGGCGCGGAAAGAAGCACACAAAGAAGCGGAUGCAGCUCUUGAGGGAAAAUUGCGCAGUCUUCAGGCCGUAUUGGAAAAAUGCAGCCCUACGGUAUCGGGGACCUAUUUGAACGGUAUCUGCACAACGCAUGAGGUCAUGAUAAUGAUGGCGCAGUACAAAGUUCUGCGGCUCUCGGCACUCAUCAUCCUACAUCGACUACGCCACCCAUAUGGGACCGAAGACAGAGAACCGCUCGCCAUGGCUACAGACAUUUUGAGGGAGCUUGACACGAUUAUGGAGGUCACAGGUCGUGCGAUUCCAUUUGCCGAUCUUCCCCACCUGGUCGCAUGCUUUGAGCUGAACAACGGCCAAGAGAGACGUGAUGCAUUGGAAAAAUUGCAUCGCCUUAUCAACUUUUCACAAUACUGCCGUACAGAACAACAAGCAUCGCUCGCUUCAUUUUGGGCUGCAAAAGAUCUAGCGAGCAAGAAAGACAUGUACUGGACCGAUGCGGCUGCUUGCAUUAAUUGA